UUGAGCUUUAGGGUCUUCUGCCAAUCCAUGAGCGAGAGCGAUGGCGAGGCGCAAGAGCGGCGGGCAAUGUGGCAACGUGGAAUCGAUGAAGGCAAGCUACAGGGAAGCCAAGCAGAUCGGCGACAGGGAAGAGGAGUCGCGAUGGGCAAACCAGAUUGGGCAUGUGUUCAAAGAUCGGGGCGAGUAUGUGGAGGCGCUCAAGUGGUUUCGCCUGGAUUAUGAGAUCGCGUCAGGUCGAAAGGCUUCUGGGAGCAUGUCUCCUGCUGGAUUGAUGCCAUCUUGCCAAUCCAUGGGAGAAAUCUACAGCAGAAUGCAAGACUACAAAGAAGCUCUCGUCUAUCAGGAGAGACACUACCAGCUAGCCAAAGAGACUGGUGAUAUACUCGAGCAGCAGCGAGCAAGCACACAGCUUGGUCGGAGCUACCUCGAUCUCUUCGAGAGAGACGACGAUACUGGAAUUCCUUUCUCGACCAUCAUCAGGAAAUGCCAAGAGUUUUUCACAACUGCAUUGAAUCUGGUAGCGCAGAUGCCACAGGAAGGGAACGCUGGGUGCAUGCUCGCCGACGCCCAUAACAAUCUGGGGCUCAUGAAGAUGGUGUUCGAAAACCACAGAGAGGCUGAGAAGUACUUGUACCACGCUCUGAAGAUUUGCGACGACGAAGAAGUUGCUCCGAACAACGAGGUUCGGUCCAGGAUCCAUCACAACCUUGGCAGGCUCUAUACCGAGCGAAGGAACUGGCAGUACGCCAAGGAACACAUGCAGCUCGAUAUCAUGAUUUGCAAGGUGGUUGGGAACUUGCAAGGCGAAGUUAAGGGGCUGAUAAACUUGGGAGACCUUUCGUUCAAGACGCAGAACUAUGAGGACGCGAUGAAGAUUUACAAACGCGCCCUUACGAUUGUGGGGAAGCUGCAGGAUGAAGACGCUCUCGCUGCAAACGUGAGAGAAAAUAUCCAGGUGGUGAAAGACGCGGAACAGAUUAUGCAGGAGUUAUCUAAGGGGCUGCUUAAACUUCAAAAGUUACAACGAGACAAAAGAAACGUCAAGAAAGAGUACAUUCUACUUGGCAAGCUCGUGAGCCAGGCGGAAACUGUGUGCAAUUGGGACAUGUUUCUUAAGCUGACGAAACAGCAAAAGCGGGCGGCAAAGCGUCUUGGAGACUCUGGAAAAAUAGGUGACGCCUUUGGAAUGGUGGCACAAGCAUACUAUCAUCUGCGAUCGUUCGAGAAGGCCAAAAAGUGGCACUUGAAAAGCUUUCAGAUAUCCAAAAGAUCGAAGAACUUGGAAGGCCAGUCCAUUGCUAAGAACAACUAUGGUAAUGCUCUGGACGCUAAUGGCGAAUGGGAAGCUGCUCUUAAGGCUUACGAGGAAGCAUACGAAUUGGCGGUGUCUGAAGGAGAAACAGAGAUGCUGGAGCAGCAGAAGAGCGCGCUGGAAAACAUGCAGUAUGCUUAUAAUAUUCGCUUUGAGGACUUCGACCGAGCAAGAGAAGUGGAGUCCAAGAUUACGAAAGUAAAAUCCCUGAUCAGGCCAGGCCAUUCUGCUGCUGAAGAUGAGCUAGUUUGCUUAGAAACGGACAGCGAUUCUGAGCACCAAGAAACGGAAAAAGUCCCACCGGUAAAUUCUCGGAAACGCCACCGGAUCGUGCUAUCUGAUGAUGACACAGAAGAGCAAGAAAGUGCCAGCAGAGCUGGAGAAUCUGGUUUCCAGGCUACCCCUGGGAUCACCGCGAACGUAAUCAGGAAGUGGGCCUUCCACAUCCGCGAAGUACGAAAUCCAGCUCCGCGAAAACGAACGCCUCCACCUUGUAAUCCGAAUGAGAGCUCGGGUGCUAGCGCCGAUAGAGCUAGAACACCUCCACCUCUCACUCCGAAUGAGAGCUCGGAUGCGAGCGCCGAUAGAGCCGUGCGGAUGGACGUCGACAAUGUUUCUAACCUUCAUGGCGACUCCAACGUGGUUCGUGUCAACGUAGACGGGCAUGUUCUUCAUGUGAAUCUCAAAUGCUUGUCCUUGUCUUCUCGGCAUCCAGAGUUCAUAACUGUAGAAACGUUUUUGGAGGAAGUUUUACGUCUCUACAAGUCUGCAAAGCCAGAAGGUCCUCAUCCUAUUUUGAGGGAGUUAUCCAUAGGAGGUGCCCUACUACCUUCUGGUAACAUUUACAAAGACCUGGCUAAAGUUGAUUCACACGAGGUGGCAGUGUCUAUAACAGGAUGGAUACCGGUCCCGUUGGUCGAACGAUAUGAUUUAGCGUGUAAGAAACAUAAAUUCAAGCCAAGUCUGGAGCUCCAGAGCAAGCUUAAGCAGAUUAAAAUUGGCGAAGUAGACGCAUGCGACUGUGACCUUGACGACGUAUCUAUCUGGCCUUUGCUCCUGGCGUUAGACGAUAUUGGCUCACUGUUCUCCAUAAAACUUGCUCACAAUCAAUUGGGAAGGUUGACGGGUCUUCAGAAAAUUCUAGGCGAUACGAAAAACUCAGACACUGGUUUGUUGCUCGACUUGCACGACAACAACCUGGUCGCAAAUUCACUUUCUGAGAUUUCCAAAUGUUCCAUCACCUUGCGGCGCCUAGAAGUGAUCAUUCUAUCCGGAAACUUGCUUACAGAUGGUGUGGGACAUGACUUGGCUCGAAUACUAGAACACGCACCUAGAUUGCACACGCUGAAAGUGGAAGAGUGCGGCCUGACCACUCUGACUUGCCAGAAACUCACGAAUGCGCUGCAAUCAGGAUCAUGCUUGCAAAGGCUAUCAAUUGGGAAAAACAACCCGAUAGCUGGGUAUGCUCUUACAGCUUUAUUAAAGAAGUUGGCAACACUUCCAAGUUUCGAGGCCUUGGAUAUAUCCGGGUUACAGGUAUGUGGCCCCACGGGAGUGGAAGGCAUUGUUCACUUAAUCCAGGAAACGAGUACCUUGUCCCAGCUCUUAAUGAGGCAGCUUGAAAUGAGACCUGAAUUUUGGGAGAGAAUUGGUAAUGCCAUCAGUGAGAACUCGUCAGACCUCUCCACAGUAGACGUGACCGGCUGUAAAAUAUUACCCGAGGUUGGUGAUCGUCUGUACAGGCAUCUCGUCACCAGUCCAGCACUGGCGACUUUGAGUUUAGCUGGAAACCAUUUGAGCUCGCAGUCUGUCCAAUUAAUUGUGGAGGAAAUCAAGAAGCCAAAUUGUGUGCUGCGAAAGCUAGACUUGAGCGACUGUGGCUUGUCUCAAAAUGGUGUCGUGAGCCUCUUGAAAUCUUUGCGAGGUAACAGUUUCCUUGCGGAAUUGAGACUGGCUGGCAAUUGCCGUGAUGCAACCAAAGUUUCCAGCACUGAGAUUGUUGCAGACAGUGAAGACGAAGGAGAGGUAGAGGAUGGAGUCGUCCAGCAAUUAUCCAAGGCGUUGUCAUUGGCUGCGGGAUUGAAAUGCUUGGAUCUUAGCAGCAUAGAGUUUGUUACUCCAGCCGCAGUGGUAAAACUCUACAGUGGAUGGUCGGACUCGAGAUCAACAACGAAAAAACAUGUCAAGAACGAGAUCGUCCACUUUAGUGUAGAGGGAUUUGUUUGCUGUUAUUCCCGCCAAUGUUGUAUAUAAAUUAAGCCCCGGUUAUAAAAUUCCAGAACACCAGCA